AUGUCAGCUACGAAUCGAGUCCUCGCAGGUCCAUCAGGCGAUUGUUGCUUCACCGGUUUCAGGCAUGAAGGAACGCCGAUUGGGAACAAGAUCACCAUUGCUAAUGUUCCUACGUAUUUCGUUGAGGGCUCUUCUUCUAAGGGUGACUCGGAAGCAAAAAGGCGAAUCCUGAUAUUCCUUGCCGACGUCUACGGCCCUUUUUAUCAAAAUAAUAUGCUCCUACAGGAUUUCUUGGCUCAGAAUGGAUUCACCGUCCUCGGAAUAGACUACUUCAUGGGAGAUCCUGUACACCUGCAUGAUAACGAGCAAGGCUUUGACCGUUCCAAGUGGAUGGAGAAAUCGCAUGACUCUGCUCGCGAGGUAUUGCCCAAGUGGUGGGAAGCUGUAACGGCCAAAUAUGGUAAAGAAAAGCUCAACAUUGCGGGGAGGGCACAAUCAUCUAACGAACUUGUCUCCAUGCAUACAGGAUACUGCUUUGGUGCUCGAUAUACCAUGCAGCUUUCAGACGAUGAUGCAAUAGUUGCGGCCGCUUUGGCUCAUCCUGCAUUCUUGAACGAAGAACAUUUUCGUAAUAUUAAGAAACCGUUGAUGCUCUCUUGCGCAGAGACGGACCAUACCUUCCCGUUACAGAGCCGCAGAAUCGCGGAGGAUAUUCUUGUUGAACGGAAGGCACAAUACUUCUUCCAAGUAUUUUCCGGGGUCGCACAUGGAUUUGCAUCUCGAAGCGACCCCUCCUCUCCCGAUGGCCGUUGGGGCAAGGAACAAUCGGCGCAUGGAAUUGCACUUUGGUUCCACCGUUUUAUUGAUGAGAGUUUCCAGAGUGGCAGGAAAGAGAUAUAA